ACAAAGCUCUCAAACAAAAGAGGAAAGAAAGCGCUGUCCAAUUCAACUUCAACUCCAUAGCAUUCACACUCAUCAUCCCUUCUUCGACUUCGUCUUUAUUAUCCUUUCGCCAUCUCCAUUAACGUGCGCUACUGUUCCCUUUUCCCCGGCCCCAGAGGAUUCCGCUGGUGUCCGGAUCAAGAUCGUCGUCCAUGGCGGAAAGCGGAUCGGAUCCUCCAGGUUUCCGAUUAGAUAUCAAACAAAUAUUACUAGAAGCACAUCAUAGGUGGCUGAGGCCUGCUGAAAUUUGUGAAAUUUUGCGGAACUACCGAAAAUUUCACAUUACACCAGAACCACUUUAUAAGCCAGUCAGUGGUUCUGUUUUUCUAUUUGAUCGGAAAGUACUUAGAUAUUUUCGGAAAGAUGGUCAUAAUUGGCGGAAGAAAAAGGAUGGAAAGACUGUGAAGGAAGCUCAUGAGAAGCUGAAGGUUGGAAGUAUUGACAUGCUACACUGCUAUUAUGCACAUGGUGAAGAAAAUGAAAGUUUUCAACGGCGUAGCUAUUGGAUGCUUGAACAGGAUCUCAUGCACAUGGUUUUUGUGCACUACUUGGAGGUUAAGGGUAGUAAGGCAGUGAGAAGUAUUAAGCCAACUGAAUCAAAUUCUGUGGACGAAAGCUCAUUGUCCGUCAGUUCUGCUGGAAAUUGCUCGAAAUUAAGUACUACAUCUGCUGAUUCGCCUAGUCCAACAAGUACUCUUUCAACAGCAUAUGAAGAUGUUGAAUCUGCCGCUCUAUCAGGCAAUUAUUCAGUGGAAAAUUUGCAUGCAGUUCUGCCUCAGUAUUCUGAGUCUCAACAAGUAGCUGAUUUUUCUUCUUGGGAAGAUUUUUUAGAGAGCUGUACAAAGGGUGAUAUUUCUUUCAAUGAGGAUCCCAACAUUCCUACUUCGGCCCAGACAAAUUUGCAUGUACUCGGCUUUGAUCUAUCUUGACCUCAUUCUUACUACGCUAUCGAUUACCUAUAUACUCCCUCCGUCCCAAAAUAAAAUUCGGUGCUUGACUUCACGGAGUUUAAGAGAAGUGUUAAAAAGUAAAAGGUGGUGGUCUGUCACAUAUUUCACUCCUAAAUAGGAAAACAAAGAAGUGUGAAGUUUAUUUUUGGACGGAAGGAGUAUUUUUAUAUUUAUGCGACUUAGCUGAUAGAGGGUGCAGAGGCACCAAAAAUUGCAGAAUUCUUUUUGGUCAGAGAAAAUAAAGAUAAUACAAAGAGUAUCAAUGGAAGUUCUCUAAGAGAGCUGAAGGACCUCUCUAGCAGGAUGCUAUCACCCCUCAGCAAAGCUGACUUUUUCUUGAAAUUCAGAACUAAUGCCUCCUACUUGGGUCCUUC